CCUACGCCUGCGGGGCAUAUACAAUUGGUUUUAGUGCCAGUCUCUGAUUGUAGCAAAGCCCACUCUGAACCUCUUUCAGUCUCGGGCUGUCUCUGUUUUCUCAGUCAGUUUUCAUCGACUCGUUUGAGAAGUCGAAAGGUUUACCCAGGAUACGGAAAAGCCGGAAAAAGAUUUAAAAAAAAAUGCCUGCAAAUAAAAAAAUUGAAGGAAACGCUAAAGCUGGGAGUAUACCGGGGGAUGCAGGAUCGGUGGCAACCGCGACUGUGGUUCGGCGCCAAAUGCCGCCGCGCGCCUGCAAGAGCAAGAGCCAGAGCACCGCCAGGCCCAGUCUUACUCCCAGCCGCCAGCAGCCCAGCCGCCAGAAGCCCAGCCGCCAGCAGCCCAGCCGCCAGCAGCCCAGCCGCCAGCAGCCCAGCCGCCUGGCCACGAAGCCCAGCCUGAAGCCGACCACCGGCUCCCAGGCGCCAUCGCAGACCAUCGCAAAGUCGAGGCCCACCGGUCUCGAGACUAUUUUUGAACUGCCCGGCGAAGAGGACGACGGGCCCACCAGCAGCCAUGGCGUGGCUUUCGGCGAGUGCCAGCGCCGCGUCCUCGCCCUGGGUACGGGCGAAAAAAAAAGAGCCCUGUCGGAGAAGCGCUGCCUGAAGGUGCGCAACACCUUGGGCGAACGCAGCACCCGGCACAUGAUGACAAUGCGGAAGUUCCGCGCUACUUUUGACAGCGUAAUGCUCGGGGGCUCGGACGAUGCAGGCGAGUCGGUCGGAGUCGCUCCCGCAGUCGCACCCGGAGUCCCUCCCGUAGCUGCUCCCGGAGUCCCUCCCGUAGCUGCUCCCGAAGUCGCUCGCGCUGGACGAAACGCCGUUAGAAAUCAGCCGGCACCAUUCAUGCGGCGCACGAGCAGGAGGCUCAAGAGUCUGCCUCCGUUUUAGAUUAUUGCACCUUCCACCCUCCACCUUCCACCCUCCAUCUUCCCGAAUGCGGCCAGGUGCUGGGCACCCUCCUCCUAUCGCCCAUCAAAGAGCCCCAGGUGUCUGCGAGAGAUGGCUCCCGAAUGUAAAUACCACCUCUUAAGACAGACAUAAUAAAUCUAAUGAAUAAUGUAAUAUUUACU